AUGAGCACGAAACGCAGUUCUAUUUCUAACCAGCUGCAAUGCUUUGCUCACAACUUUUUCGUCCAGCAUCGCCCCGAUCUCCUUCCGAGAGUCAGGCGUACCAGCUCCGCCAACAAACGUCGCCCCAGUUUCGGCCAAAGUCGAGGCGAGACCGCUUUCUACGACUACGGGCAUAACGGACCAAAUAAUACUGGAAACAUGUAUCAGAUCUUGGGUAGAUGUGGACAGAGUCAGAGUGCGACACCACCGACUUCGUUCACUGCCGUUACUGGGACUGUCAUUGGCAAUGGCAAUAAGUAUGCCAAAUCAAGACCUAUCCACUGUUCACAAACUUCGUCCUAUGGGUGCCAGUAUGUUUACUCAUCUUCGAUAUCAUCUUUAGCACUAGCUCAGCAACAUUUUGUGCACCAAAGGCCGCACCACAAACUUGAACACUCGGCAUGUGCUGAUACUAGACCUCCUCCAGAUUCAGAAACAGAGUCAUCUGAUGCUGACGAUCUUGGGGAGGAAUCUCCGAAUGCUUCUGCUUUGUUGAAAAAAUCAAGUGCAAAGGUUCUCUGGGCACAAGGGCAGAAAUAUUCUCACGUCAAAGGAGACACCUCAAGUGAAAGUAGCCCUUCUUCGCAGUCUUCUUCCAGCUCAAAGUCCAAACUCAUUUCAAAAGCCAAACAACUCCUCGAGGAAGGUGCCCAUUUGCCAUCAUUGCAAAAGUGCAUGGUUUUCCAGCAAAGCCCAAAUUUGGGAAUGCCUCCAAGAGUUUACCCAGAAUCACCUUCUUUAGAUUAUGCAAACAUCAAUCAGACACCCAGCACAUCAUUUUGGUCUCCUGUCUUAGGAUCUAGCUGCUGUUCAAGGCCUGCUGGGAUGGAGCAAGAAAUGUAUGGUUAUCAGCAGGUCCUGGACUUUUCUGCUCAUACAGUUCCCUACAUGAGUGCUUAUCCAUCAACUCCUGCCAUGCUGUAUAGUCCUACUUCUGCCCUUCCUCCAGAGAACAUGAUGUCGAUGCCAUAUCACCCAGGGUCUCCUGCUAUCCAUAGGCCUCAGGUCAACUAUCCAAGCCCUCCUUUAUGUAACCAUGGCAACAGCAUUGUGAAGGAUGAUAACGGAGAGAAAAGAGAUGUCACAAGGGAGACUUUUAAGAAAGUAGUGGUCAAGCAUGAAUUAGAGGAGAUCCCUCGCUCAUAUUCAGCUUUAAUAGAAGUUGGGGAGGAGUCAUCCCCCCCUCCCCCCAGCAACCACACCGUCGGUUUGUGUGGAACGAUUGUGAUAAUGAGAGAGAGAGGGCAGAGAUGUACGCCAAACAGACCAAACAGUCAUUUUACACAACAGAAGGUUGAUCAUCAAACUUACAUUCUUGGCGAUACUUGCCAUCAUUUACAGUCAUGAAGCUACCAAAGUGUGUGUAGACUGUGAAUUGCAUUUCCAUGUUGAUGGCAAAAAUAGUACUUUACUACCAUACUUUAACAUUUAGAAA